AGGACCAAUUGCAUUGCAAAUGGAGAACAGGAAAACUGCCAGGCAUCCCCAACUUUGAAAAGACUUCGAGCCCCAGAGCCUAUCAGAGCAUGUGGGAGGCAGAUCCACACCAAAGAACCGAAAUCGAGGAGGGAGCACUGGCAGAUGACGCUGCUCCCAUGGCAGCAUUUGCGCCAGCGGGCUGCUCCCGGUGGAAAAUGGUGGAGGCUGCUCUAGCCCCAGGAGGGAGAGACACCACCUCCCCGGCUGUGGCACCAGAGGCCGGGCACCGCUGCCGGGCUUGCUAAGCAGGCGGGAAGUCCCGGAGACCGGGAGGCUCAGUGAGACUGAACGCCGAGAGGACCGAUGGUGAUGGGGGCGGAGGGGCAGGGGCGAGAUGAGCCCCAUCUGCUCCAUUCCCUCAGGAGGGGCGCCUCGCGAGGUCACGGCGCUCCUGACACACCUUCCCCUCUUCCCAGGUGACUUCUAUUUCUAUCUGGUUCACGUCUGGGGGGGCCCUGGCCGGGCAGCCCCCCCACAUUUCGCCUGCUCUGAAACACGGCUCUAGCCAACCUGCUCCGCUGCUUCACCUGCGACCGCCUGUGUGGGGGCUGCACGGCGCCAGCCCCCCCUGCCCGCCAGGGCAUCGUCCUCCAGCCCGUCAUGCCCAGCUGUGACCCCGGCCCAGGCCCUGCCUGCCUCCCCGCCAAGACAUUCCGUAGCUACCUGCCCCGCUGCCACCGCACCUACAGCUGUGUCCACUGCCGUGCACACCUGGCUAAACACGAUGAGCUUAUUUCCAAGUCCUUCCAAGGGAGCCAUGGCCGAGCCUACCUGUUUAACUCCGUGGUCAACGUGGGUUGCGGGCCAGCUGAACAGCGCCUCCUGCUCACGGGGCUGCACUCGGUAGCUGAUAUUUUCUGCGAGAGCUGCAAAACCACACUGGGCUGGAAAUAUGAACAGGCCUUUGAGACGAGCCAGAAGUACAAGGAGGGAAAGUACAUCAUUGAAAUGUCACACAUGGUGAAGGACAACGGCUGGGACUGAGGGGCUCAGGCAGGCUGUGCCCUUCCUCCGCAUGCCCCACCCUCCCACACCUGUCCCCUGGCCCUGCCAAGCAGUCCACACCAGCAUGAGUACUGCCCCACCCCUGGGGGAACCCAGCUCCCACCAAGCCCUCCGCCUCCAAUCUUCACUCCCAGGGGUGUUCAAGGCUCAGGAGUGGGCAGCAGUCAGGGACAGAACUGGGGGAAAGGGAUGGUUGUGGGCCCUCCUAGCCCCAAGGUCCUGUUAACCGAGGCAAGGGCAGGGCAUACACUCAGGCAGAGAGGACCAUGGGAGGAGUCAGUUUUUGAGUGAACAGGGGACAAAUCUUGAGUUGUGGGGCCACUAGAUCCUGGGCCACAGAAUAGCAGAUGAGAAGCAGCUUGGGUUGGAGUGAAAUUUCGGCCUGAGACACUGGGAGAUACCAAUCUCUGAGGGUGAAGCAUCCCACCCCAUCUGUAGGAGAAAGGACUUGGGGGUGGAGGGAAAAAUCCCAAUCCCAGGCCCUGGGAAAUAAAAGGAAUCGGAAGGGUUUCCAUUUCACUCCACUUGUUUAUCUUGGCACUAGAGAGGCACUUUCGAGCAUCUAACCUUUGCCAUUGGGUGGGCUGGGGUAAGCUGCCCCUAAAACAGCCCCCACCCCAGCUGGCUGUUUCCAGAGUGAGCAGUCAUUGUGGGCAUUCUGAGGCCCAGCCACUGCUCCCUGGGAGCCAGGCCCUCGAAGGGGAGGUGGGAAAUCAGCGCUACGGGGCCAGGCUUCCUCGUUGCUGCCACCAGCGAAUGAAACUUUUGUAUGAUACAUAAAGCGUUUGGGUCUAUUUUUAAUAAAAAGGGGGAAAAGCAGCUAUGAGGCGCUGUCCUCUGACUUUCCUUAUGCUUGUACCAGAGUCACGUGCACCCCCAGAAACCUGUCCCUUCAUGCCACUAGGGGGCAGCAAUCACUGCCUGUGGCAAGAGCCCCCGCUGGCUUUUAACCAGGUGGGCAUCCAGGUGAGGUUCUGCUUAGUAAGAGAUGGCUUCUGUGUGUAGUCCAGCUGGAGCAUCCAAAAUAGUGCAUCUUCCGGAGCCCUUGACAAUGAAUCCAUUUUUGCCUAGACCCAGGAUUGGACUCCUGGAAGAGGAACAUCCCUGAAAGAAGGGUGCUCUUGGAUCCCAUUGCCUUUCUGCCCGAUUCUGUACGGUUUUGGUCAGCUCAUGGCCACACUUAAGACUAAAAGGAAAAUCGAUCAGCCAAGACGCUGCCCUAGCGGUUGAUACGUAGUGGAACAAAACAGCUCAAAAUUGCAGCAUCAGUGGAACCAUGUGACCCAAGUGCAAUUUUUGGCAGAGAUGUGAAAUUCCUAUUGUUGUUGGGUCACCGACAACUGCAGGGAGGACUGUACACAUCAUAAAAAUCACUUUUUUUUUCGUAAGCCAGCUUGUAAUUUCCAGACUCAUUCAUUGACAUUGCAAAUAUUUGUAGAGCAACUAUUACUUGCCAGGCAUUGCGUUAAGCACUGGGGAUGCAGUAGAGAACAAGCAGCCAUGGUCUGAUUUCAUGGAGCUUUUGGUCUACUGCGAGGACAAGCAAUAGCUAAGCAAUUCCAGUAGGUGAAAAGGGUGCUGAACAGGGAUGGAGUUCACAGGAGAGGCUUAGCCUAGAUUUAAGGAGUCAAGGUAGGCUUUGCAGAAGUAAUGGCUAUGAUGGCCCUUGAAGGAUGAGAAGUUGGGUGGGGAAAGGGAAGAGUGGGAGGAUGGGGACUAUUUCAGGCAGAGAGAAU